AUGUCCCCAAAAAGUAGGGGCACCAGGGGGGCACCAGGGGGCACCAGGGGGGCACCAGGGUCACCAGAGGGUCCCCAAGGGGCACCAAGGGACACCAGGGGGGCACCAGAGGGGCACCAAGGGCAUCAGAGGGGUCCCCAGGGUCACCAAAGUGUCCCCAGAGUGUCCCCAAAGUGUCCCCAGAGGGUCCCCAAGGGGUCCAAGUGUCACCAAAGGGUCCCCAGAGGGUCCCCAAGGGGCACCAAGGUGUCACCAGAGGGGUGCCAGGGUGGCAUCAGAGGGUCCCCAAGGGGUCCAAGUGUCCCCAGAGGGUCCCCAAGGGGCACCUGGGUGGCACCAGAGGGGCACCAAGGGUCACCAAAAGGUCCCCAAGGGGCACCAGAGGGGUGCCAGUGUCACCAAAGUGUCCCCAGAGGGUCACCAAGGGACACCAGGGUGGCACCAGAGGGGUCCCAGUGUCCCCAGAGGGUCGCCAAGGGGUCCAAAGUGUCGCCAAGGUGGCACCAGGGGCACCAGAGGGGUCCCAGGGUCACCAGAGUGUCCCUGGGUCCCUCUGUGGGGACAGUGGGCCCUCAGAAUGUCCCCAAAGUGUCCCCAAAGUGUCCCUGGGUCCCUCUGGGAGGUCUGGGUGUCCCCAGAGUGUCCCCAGAGUGUCCCUGGGUCCAUCCAUGGGGACAGUGGGCCCCCAGAGUGUCCCCAAAGUGUCCCCAAAGUGUCCCCGGGUCCCUCUGGGGAGGACAGGGAGGGUCUGGGUGUCCCCAGAAUGUCCCCAGAGUGUCCCUGGGUCCCUCUGGGGAGGGCAGGGGGGUCUGGGUGUCCCCAAAGUGUCCCCAAAGUGUCCCGGGGUCCCUCUGGGAGGUCUUGGUGUCCCCAAAGUGUCCCCAGAGUGUCCCCCCGGGCCCCCGCGGUGUCCCCCGAGGCCGUGUGGAACUCAAUAAACAACUCCCAGUUCAUCCCAGUUCGUCCCAGUUCGUCCCAGUUCGUCCCAGUGUCCCGGACUGGCGCGGGGGUGGAGGGGGGGGCAGCCAAUGGCAGGGGAGGCGGUGGCGGUGA